AGACUGCUGUUAAGAAACUCUUUACUGUCAGCAUGUUCCCAAAAAAACCCACCACCGAGGCAACCAGUGAUGGCAGACCACCUGUCAGUUAUUUAGUGGCCUUGAAUGACAAGUUGCAGAUGAAUGCAGAGAAAGUGGAGAGGAACAUCAUUGAGACACAACAGAAUCUCAACAGGGAUAUCAGGAAGAUUAAUGAAGGGAAGCAGCCCCUGUACCAGAAGGACAUCACCAGGACAAUCCUGGACUCACUGGAGCUGUUGAAUGCUCUGGGUGAAGAUGCAGCUGAAGCCUCUCGCUUGCAGCACCCUCAUUCUGACAUGAUUGAGAAGGAUGUGAAACAGCUGCGAGAGCGUGUGAUGAAGCUUUGUGAGGAAUAUGAGCGCAAUUACAAUUGCUCCAUCACCGACUACCAGGGAAAGAAGACUGAUGAGAAACUGGGUGAUUCUGAAUGGGAACUUCAAAGACCUUUAGAGGUCAAGACAGAUGCAGAUAUCAAGUACAGUGUCAGCUCCUCUGCAGGGCAGCAUGAAUGUUCAGAGACUAGCCUCCGCUGGGAGUCUGCCAGUGAUGUCAGUUUGGAGUAUCGGUUUGUUGAAUGGAAAUCACUCAGUAAAGAUAUUUUGAAGAACUACAAGCCAUGUGGACCUUUGAUAGACAUCAGUGUAACCAAUGGCACACUGAGGGAAGUUCAGCUACCUCACUUCGUCUGUGUAGAUUCUGUAUCUUCCUCGGAUGAUGCAGUAAAAGUUCUUCAUGUAAAGGAUGGUACCGUUUCAUUUGAAAGAUGUGAAUUGAGUGGAUCCCAUGCCAAGAUUCUCAAUCCCACCUUCUCAUGCGUGGCAAUUGUUGUAGAGGCACAACGGUACAACAACAUGAAAUUUCAAUGUGAAACUUUGAUUUAUCGCAACAGAAAGGCUUCCCUCAACCUUCAUGUGUACCUGAUUGUAAAGGAUCAAAAACUUAAAAAGGAUGUAGAGGAGAAGGAGAUCAAAAAUAUGGAGAUUUUAAAACCAAUUCCAGAUGAAGCCCUUAUCAUGGAUGACAGUUACAUCCUGAAGACUUCUUGUGAUUCCAAAAUCAAACCUUCGAGUUUAAAAUUGACACCCGGCAAGGCCAACUUCUUUGAUAUACACCUUCAAGAUGUAAAGGAAUGUCUUGAACUCUCCAUAGAGACAAAAGAGGGCCAAAAAAUAUGGGAUGUUAAUAUAGAAUCAGAUGAGUUCAACAGAAAGAGUUCAGCAUCUGACUGGAGGGUGAAAACAAUUAAUAGAUCGGUGCUGAUUUUGCAAUGGUGGCGCCAAUUGAUAACGGCUAUUGAACAAUCCGCUAAAAUGCCUCUUCCGCUAUCCAAAGAGACUGACACAGCACAGAAAAAAAGAAAAUGCAAAAAGGGUGAAGGUGCUGAGUUUGUGGAUAAACACAGGACACAGUUGAUCAGAAAGGUCUCACUGGUGGAGCCAAUUGCAGAUGACAUGAAAGAUCUGAUUGGUGAUGAAAAAUACGGAAUGAUCUCAAUGUCAGUAACAAAAGAAGAGAAAAUGAGAACACUUCUGAACUUUCUGACGACACCAAAACUGAAAGAUAAACUUUACCAAAGUCUUGUAGAACAUGAGUACCACGUUAUUGAAUAUUUGAAUGAUUCUGGGUAGAUGCUCUGCCAUGCGUCAGAAAAAUGAAUUCAUUAUGGUUUAUUAUUAUUUUACAGCAGACAGGUCAUUAAUAAUAUAAUGUGGCACAGUUAUGCCAUAUUAUUACAUCAAAUACAGUUGUGAUUGGUUUAUGUAAAUAAUAAAUAAUUGUACACUUAAUGUCAUUAAGUGUUCAGAUAAAAACAUAAAAAUGCAUAAACACAAAUUUAAAAAAAUGUAACUUUGUGACUUUCUGAAAUAUUUUGCACCUUACGUUUGGGAAGAUUUUUCCACCGUUAGAUAUUAUUAUUAGACAUUAUUCCGAACGAUCUCCAUUUGAACAAUAUAUCUCUGUUUGUGCUAGAGCCACCAGCUGAAACAACCUUUUUCCCUUAACUUUGCAUUUGGUGUGUAAAACUAUUGUUUGGCGGCUUAUUUACUUAUUUGUUUGCUUUUUUGUUUGUUUGUUUGUUUUUGAUUUCCUUGAGUUGUUAGAGGUAGGUAUAAUUAAUUGCCUCUAUCUGGAAAUAUUUUAUAAUUAACUGCUUUUUUAUUCUUCAUAGUGGCAAAAACAAGCUUGGUGAAAGAAGAUGUAGUGCAGUAGUUUGGGCACUAUGUUUGUCUUUAAAAUGAGUUUGACAUCAAUAAAUACUGGUAAAUACUUACAAAA